AUGCAUUUUCCUAAUUCUCAAACCAUAGUUGCUCAAAACAUUCCACAUUAUGCCUUAGUACACCUUCCCGACUGUUAUCGAAGGGUCCGCAAGUUGUUGAAGCGUGAAAAGGGGAAUCUGAGGAUCGAUGAGUACUACCCAGCGGUGUUGGAAUGCUACCAACGGCGCUGGGAAGCUUCCAGUGGCCCUGGAAUCACCUGGGCAGAAUCUGUUUUUGCUUUUCGCCGCUUUAACGUCUUCCUCCAUUCCGAUUCAGUUACGGAGGGAUCGAAUGCUAACAAAAACACUAAUAUUGGUGCUGGGUUAGCUAGUAAAGUCAAGAAAAUUGAUGGUAAGGUUCCUGCUCCGAUACGUGGUAUAUUGAAAAACCCUAAAACCACGUCUGGCAAAAAUAAUACAAGUAAUAGUGACAAGACAACAUUUGUGCAUUCACCAGGUGGUAGCGUGCAUGCUACUGUUCGCGAUGUUAAUCUUAGCAAUAGGUCUGCUAAUGAGGUUAAUGAAGCUAGAAAGGAAAAAUCUGCUAGUGGUAAUGUCUCAUCGGAAUAUGAGAAACAUGGUUAUCCCAAGAUUCCUGUUAAUAAUGUCUCAUCGGAUGUAAACACUGAGUUUGUUAUUCCAGCGAAGGUAGAUUAUUCUGGAUCGGCACCUCUGAAGGAGGAUCGAGAUAAACAAGCAAAUGGAGCUGCAGCAGCUCCUGUUGGUAAGGAUAACAAUAAUAAUAAGUCAUAUGCUUCCAUGGUUAACUCUGGAUCACAAAAACAACAAAGACCUGUUAAUUUUCGUUUUCUUGAAACCAGUGAGCAACAGGAGGAUGUAGACAUAGUUCUUCCAAGAGAGGCUAUACGAAAAGUCCAGGAUAAGUAUGAUAAUACUCUUUUCGGGUAUUUUCUAGGGAAACGUAUUGCUUUUCCAGUAGGGAAAAACUUUGUCACUAAUAAUUGGGGUAAACAUGGUUUGCAACGAAUCAUGAUGAAUGCUAAUGGUUUUUUCUUCUUCAAAUUUUCGAACUCAAAGGGUUUAAAGGAAGUAUUGGAAGGAGGACCGUGGAUUGUUAGAAAUUCGCCUAUUUUUUUGAAUGUAUGGACACCUUCUACUAUAUUGAAGAAGGAAGAACUUAAAAAUGUGGUGGUUUGGGUUAAAAUCCAUAACGUUCCUCUAGCUGCUUACUCUGAUGAUGGUCUAAGUAUGCUAGCGUCAAAAAUAGGCAAACCAAAGAUGUUAGACUCUUAUACUACAACUAUGUGUAAUGAGUCAUGGGGUCGUAGUAGCUUUGCAAGGGCCAUGAUUGAAAUUUUAGCGGAUCAAGCUCUUAAAGAUGAAUUAAAAAUUGCUAUUCCUAUCAUGGAGGAGGAAGGAUUUGUUAAGGAAUCUAUGCGAGUAGAAUAUGAAUGGAAACCUCCGCGUUGUGCUAGUUGCUGUAUUUUUGGUCAUUCGGAUGCUCAAUGUCCACAAAAUGUUAAGGUUUAUACAAAGGGUUCGGAUGUGGAUUCUGGUGGUUUUAAGGAAGUUAAAGGGAAGCGUAAAGCUAAACAAGGAGUACCUAUCAAACAGCAUAAAACCAGAUUUGAAUACAGGCCAGUGAACAAAAAUGAUACUACAAGUGUUGCUGACCCAAGUUCCUCAGAAUCAGCUGUAAAAACGUCUAAUGCUUAUGAGUUGCUAUCUGAUUUUAGUGAAGGGGUUAACGAGCCAGUUAACACAGCUGCAACUAGUAGUGAACAACGAGAUAAACCAAAGGCAUCGACUGAAGAUGAGGAUGAUGACGAAGUCGAGGUUAUUUGGGAUGAAUCAGCUCAAUAUAUGGCAUCUAAUACCAAACCAAACAAUUCUUCUGAGGGGGCAAGCACUCCCGGUUUAGAUGGUUUUAAUGGAAAGGUGUUCAGAUCGUGGGACUGGACAUCCAAUGGUAACGUUUGUGAUAAAGGUACAAGGAUUAUUAUGGGUUGGAAUACUGAUGUGGUAGAUGUCAUGGUCAUUGCUCAAUCGGAUCAGGUUAUGCAUAAUCAAGUUAUUUAUAAACUUGAUAAUAAAUCUUUCUUUUGCUCGUUCGUUUAUGUUGCUAAUCAUUAUAAACAAAGAAGGGAUCUUUGGGCUGAUCUUUGUAAGCAUAAAUGCUUUGCUGGUGAUAAUCCAUGGGUUUUACUUGGGGAUUUCAAUUCCGCCUUAUUUCUAGAGGACUCGUUUUUUGGUUCUUCAUGUAUGAGUAUUGGAGUGCAUGAGUUCAAAGAAUGUGUUCAAAACAUUGAGGUCAUGGAUAUCAAUAGCUCGGGUUUCCACUAUACUUGGACUCAUAAACCCAAGCACGGUUCGGGAGUCUUGAAGAAAAUUGAUAGGGUCAUGGGUAAUAUCCAGUUUUGUCAAGAUUUUCCAUCAUCACAUGCCAUAUUUCAGCCGUACAGAACUUCGGAUCACUCCCCAUGUAUUUUGAAACUUCCUAAUGUGCAAAGAGAUCGACCCAAACCUUUCAAGUUUGCUAAUUUUUUAGUUCACAAGAAAGAGUUUACUGAGAUCGUUAAAUGUAAUUGGAAUGUAAGUGUGGAUUGCUGCAAAAUGUAUAAGGUGGUAAAGAAACUCAAAACGCUAAAACAUCCUAUACGCAGCCUUCUUUAUAAGCAAGGAAAUUUGCACGAGCGUGUCACCAAACUCCGGAUCGAAUUGGAUCAGAUUCAAAAAACCAUUGAUUUAAAUCCUAGUGACGAGAGGUCUAGGGAGCUGGAAACGGAGCGUACUUUCACAGUUCUGUCAAAACUAAACAUCAUACAAGUAGAAUCAUGUCGAUUAAGGAUAGACACUGGUGGAGUCGCAAAGGCAUUGGUUGCACAUUAUGAGGCUUUUCUGGGCACGAAUAGUCCUGAAACCCAAUUUGAUCCUGGUGGGGUUUUUAACAGUAAAUUAACUUCACAGAAAGCACUUGAUAUGGUGAAAAAUGUUACUGAUGAUGAGAUUAAAGCUGCAAUGUUUUCUAUUGGUGAUAACAAAGCACCGGGGCCAGAUGGUUUUUCUUCUCUUUUCUUUAAAAAGUCUUGGGAUAUUGUCGGCGGUGAAGUUUCCAAUGCUAUCCAUGACUUCUUCAAAUCUGGUAGAUUGCUUGGAGAGGUUAAUCAUACGUUUUUGGCUUUAAUUCCUAAGGUUACUACCCCUUCUAUGGUUACUGAUUAUAGACCAAUCUCUUGCUGCAAUGUUCUUUACAAAUGCAUUAGUAAAAUCAUAACUGAUAGAAUUAAGGAUUGUCUUGAUGAUAUUGUUGGCAUAAACCAAUCAGCAUUUAUUCCGGGUAGAAGGAUUUCUAACAACAUUUUGCUCACACAAGAAUUAAUGCAUAAUUACCAUAGAAAUGUUGGGCCGCCUAGGUGCGCUUUUAAAGUGGAUAUACAGAAGGCUUAUGAUACAGUUGACUGGAAAUUUUUAAGGGCUAUAUUAGAGGGUUUCGGUUUUCAUCAGGUAAUGGUGAACUGGAUUAUGACGUGUGUAACUAGUGUAUCAUUCUCUCUUAGCAUAAAUGGCAAUAUUCAUGGGUUUUUUAAAGGCAAAAGGGGUUAA